AUGGACGCAUGUGCUGAUGUGCUCUUAGAUCAGGCUACCAGCACACAUGAGAUGGUCCUUAAGGACGCCUCCACCGAUGAGCUGCUCAGAUUGUUGAGUGAGUUCUUGUGCCGCCGUUGCUGCCUGCUCAAGGACCUCUCUCCUGAGGACCCUCUGAUGUGGCUUCGCAUGGUGGACAUCUUUCUGCUGUUCAACAACUUUCAGCGUCACUGCUUCAUUGUCCCAGGCAGCGUAGUCUUCCUGUACAUGCUGUGCCGUCACACUGUCUCGGCUGAGGUGUCCAGCAUGAAGGAACUGCAGGCUGUGGUGCUCACCUGCUUCUACGUGGCAUACGCCUACAUCGGCCAUGAGCUGGGCUACCCAGCCAUGCCCUUUAUAAUGAAGAAAACCAGCACCGUCUUCUGGAAGCGGACUUUGGACAUCACCAAGCGCAUGAGUGGCGAGAUGUUGCAGAUCAAUGAAGACCCACAGUUUUUUGUCGACAUAUUUACUGCCCUGCAGAAUGGAACAGAUCAUUGA